AUCCCGGAAGCACGCGGUAUCCGAGCGGAGUCGCUUCAACUCAGUUCGACUGGAUAUCUACAGUUUUCUUUUGUUUUAGUCUCCAGCUAUAAUCACUGACAUUUCAACGCCCUGUGUUGUUUGCUCACGUGCAGCAAACACGUUUAAUUUCCAUCAUGGUUCGAGCGAAAAGGGCUGUGAAGAUACAAAGGCCCAAGAAGACACAGCGAUAUGAUGAAGAUGACCCUGAAGCCUACAAGAACAUGCCUGUACCUGAUAAGAAAUCGUCACAGUACACAAAGGACAAAAUCGAUGAGUUUCACGAUGAGAAGAUUGCAAAACUUCUCGCCAGCGGUGUUCAGAUGGAGAGCGACGACGAGGAACUGGAUGAUGAGGAGGAAGUGAUGGCCCUGGAUGAUUCGGAGUCAGAGGAUGAUGAUGAGGUGGAGGAGGAAGAAGAGGAGGGAGAGGAGGGGACAGACAUGGAGAGUGAUCUCGAGGGAAAAAAAGAAGAAGAUCUUCCUAAUGAGAUGGCAUGGGGAAAGAAGAAGAAGAUGUUCUAUGACUCAGACUAUGUGACCACCAAGGGGAAAUCUCAAGAAGAGCUGGAAGCUGAGGAACAAGAGGAAGAAGAAGAAGCUAAAAAUAUCCAGAAUCGUUUGGCUGCUAAUCUGAGCGAGGAGGAUUAUGAUUUAAACUUUUUCCAGGAAUUUGCUGUGGAGGAGAAGGAGGAAAACAAGACUGAGCAGAAAGAGGAGAGGAUUGUGAAAGACCUGCAGCAGAUGUCCCAGAAGGAAAAAAUGAAACUAUUGAAAAAGGAGUCACCGGAGCUGCUCGAGCUUAUUCAGGACUUCAAGGCAAAGCUUAAAGAACUGAAGGAUGAGCUGCAGCCCCUCGUACAGAUGGUGAAGGACGGAAAGAUCCCACCAGGAAAGGGUGCCGACUACCUCAAGACAAAACAGCAGCUAUAUCUCAAUUACUGCACGAACAUCAGUUUCUACUUGGUGCUGAAAGCAAAACGGAUCCCUGUUCAUAACCACCCAGUGAUUGAAAGGCUGCUCACCUACAGAAACCUCAUCAAUGAACUCGGUUCAGUAGAUGCUCGUCUUGCACCUCAGCUUCGCAAGCUACUAGCUGGUGAGGAGAAGGAUGAGACCACCAGCAGAGCAGCAGUGGGCAAAAAGACCAGAGUGUCCAGUAAAAAGGAAAAGGAUUCUGAGGAAACUCUGCCUGAGGUCGAGGAGGAUUCAGACUCUGACCUGGAUGAGGAGGCGGCUCUUCGUUUCUACAGAGAGGUGGAGCAGCGGUCCAAACUGAAGAGAAAGGGCAACGAGCCAGAGGCUGAAGAGUUGGAGGAGGAUGAAGAUGAGGAGGAGGAUCCCGAUGCUAAGAGAGGAAUCACUUACCAGAUGGCCAAGAACAAAGGGCUCACACCAAAGAGGAAGAAAAUUGAUCGUAAUCCCAGAGUCAAGCACAGAGAGAAGUUCAGACGGGCCAAAAUCCGCCGAAAGGGCCAGGUGCGUGAGGUUCGUCGGGAGGAGAAGAGAUACAGUGGCGAGCGGUCUGGUAUUCGUGCUGGUGUCAAGAAGAGCGUCAAACUUAAGUAACCAAGCAGGAAUCCAGAGUGUGCUGCCAGGUGUAGCUGUGAGGUUGAAAAAAUACCAAUCGACUCUACUUGUAAUU